ACCAUGGAACCACAGAAGUGUUACCCAGGCAGAAAGAGCCUUUGUCACCUGGACUUCCUACCAAUGACACAGGCAGUGGAAGUCAGCAUCCCAAGCAUCCAUGAAACCCCUGCACAGGACUGGAAGAAAAGCUUGAUGUCUGUGCCAAGGGAGACGUACACCGCACUUGCGCUGCCUGGACGAUGUGGAAACUGGAAAUUGUGGGGUGUGCUGAAGCAUGCCCUCUCAGCUUUCGCUCGUGGAAGAACAGAGCAAAGUGACAAGAAACAGCUGCGAGUUCAAGGAAUUGUCUACCUUGUUCUGAUCUCCUGCCAGGCUGAGAACAACGGGAAGCCCCUGCUGGUCCGUGAGGAGUCAUCUCUUAAUAUCCCAGCUAUUGCUGCUGCCCAUGUUCUCAAGAGAUACGUUGCCCAGGCACCGGAUGAACUCUCCUUGGAGGUGGGAGACCUCGUGUGCGUCAUCGAGAUGCUGCCUCAGGAGCUGAGCCCCCGCUGGAGAGGCAAGCACGGCUUUCAGGUUGGAUUUUUCCCUGGUGAGUGUGUGGAGCUCAUUAACGGAAAAAUCCCGGAGUCUCUCAUCAAUUCAGUGCCAAAGCCAGUGCCAAAGAAGCGCGGCAAGCUCCUCACCUUCCUUCGUUCCGUGGUGAAGGCCCGCCCAAAGCAACGGAAAGAGCGGGAGGUGGAGAAGGAGAGGGUGUUUGGCCGUGACCUGGGAGAGCAUCUUCUCCACUCUGGUCGUGAUGGUAAGGGACAGCCCAUUCCUGAGAGCUUCCCUGUUUGGGGACCUAGAGAUGAAAGGGAGAUUGUAUCUAGCAAGGGGCAGGUUGAUACCAGCGGAGAAACGGGGAAUGGGAGUUGA